UUUUAAAUAUUGAUCUAAAACUUUUUUAUAAACGACAAAAUAGCUGUGAGCGAGCGAGUGUGAGUGAGUGAGUGAGUGAGUGAGUGAUAAUGAUUCAUCAAUGAUGCUAAUGCGUUUCCUCAAGUUAAUACAUGAAUAUAGAUGCUUCGCAUACAAAUGCUUAAAUAUCUGAUGAAGCUGUUAUUAUUAUAUGAUAGCAGUUGAUACAUGAUGACAACAAAGAGUCAGACUAAUCAUUUAAACAACUAGAAAAAACAAACUGUUUUUCUUCUCAUACGACUAUAUUUUCAUGCUACGCAAUUUAAGAUGUGUUUUUGCUAAAACAGUAUCGUCAUUAAACGAAACAACUGGUUACAUACUGCGUAUCUGGGUGACAUUUAUGGUUAAAGUGGCUGACGGUUUUCCACAACAAGGUUUUAAAACGUAAAUCGUAGUUUUCGACUAUUCAUUCCACGCAUUUCACCACUCCACGCAUUUCACCACUCAACCGUGAUUUAAUUUAUUAAAUUCAUAUGAAUGGAAUAUUUCUUCAUUUACUCAUAGUUCUAUUUUUAUUUGUCGGGCGUAUAAAUAUUGUUCGAUUAUUUGGUCACCCAUUCAGCCAAGAUAGUACAGAAAACAGGCAGGGCUGUUAAUAGAUAAUCACCCACUUUCAAGAUCAAAACAUUCGUGCAAUUUUAUCAUUAUUUGGUAUCCAGGGACAUAGUACUUAAGAGAGAAUUGUUUAAUGACGCGCAGCGAACUUAAACAGUGGCAGUAGCGUCAUUCCUCUCGCGAUUAUCUGGGACGGUCGUGCAUAAAUAAAUACACCGAAAACAAACAGCUUCAUAUAUUGCCUGGUGGCUCAACAAUAACAUGGCUACAUUAUUUAAUAUUGUUCAAAGUUCGUAUGAAGUAAUGUUUAAAUACCGCGGCAGGGCUGUUUUAUGGAUGUACAGUGGCGGGAGGUCAGCGAGUGCUCUCCCCGGGCCGCGGGGACUCCCUUUCCUUGGUUCAUUGCUGGACGUGGACACGUCGAGGUUUCACCACGUGUGUUCACGGUGGAGUAGGCAUUACGGGAAGAUAUUCCAGUUCCGGUUGGCUGGGCAGUCCGUGGUGGUGGUGACGGACGCUGGGCUGCUACGCCGGCUGUUCGCCACCGGUCAAAUAAGCCAUCACACCAACGACAGGGCUGACAAUGUCACUAAACAUGUCUUCUACGGAAGAAAACACAUCGGCUUUGCGGACUUAGGCGAACGAACUAAUGAACUUAGGUCCAUUUUACGAAGAAAAGUGCUAAAUCGAUUAAUGUGUGAUAGAAACUUUGAAAAUACAUGCUUUUCAAUCAUAGACAAAUUGGCUCACGGACUAAAUCACGAAAGUGUGAACCCAGAUACAUUGAUCAAAGACGUUAUACAAGAGUUGAACUCCUUUGUGCUUAUCGGUGAGGCGCUUCCGGCGGACGACCCGGACAAAGAUGCGUUGUGGGAGUUCAUCGAGCGUCUGUAUGAUCUCCUCCAGCCGGCCGUGGACGUGCCUCUGCGGAUGUUUCCCUGGCUCCGUUUUCUGCCCUUUAAACACGGCCGCCUUUUCCGUGCCGCAAUUGAGUCUCGCGACCGGGUUUCCCGUAAAUACUUCGAUACGCAAAAGGCUUCAUACGAAGCGGGACGGGUUCGCGGCCUGGUGGACGUCUGCCUGCAGAUCCAGGCAGAAGAGGGUACCACUUCCGGGGACCAAGCCUGGCUGUCGGACGACUACAUCCGGGGACUCAUGUUCGACACCGUACUUGCAGGAAUGUCCGAAAUGAUGAAAAGUAUGCGAAUGCUCAUCCUUCUCAUGUGUCAUUACCCACACGUCCAGUCACGUGUUCACGCAGAAAUCAAUGACGUCAUCGGAACUAGUGCAAUGCCAUCAUCCAAUCAUCGUAUGGAAAUGCCGUAUACUCAAGCUGUAUUACUAGAAAUGCUUCGAUAUGUUAGUCAAACGCCUCUCGCCAUUCCUCACAAGUGCAAUAAAGACGUGGUUCUGGAUGGAUUCGUCAUAGAGAAAGAUUCCGGGAUUUUCCCAAACAUCUUUGGUAUUCACCAUGACGAAGCUAUCUGGGGCGACCCGUGGUGCUUCCGGCCCGAGCGCUUCCUCACACACGAUGGCUACUCCCUCCUUCCUGAAGACCACAAACUCAGACAAUCUCUCAUUCCAUUUUCCGUCGGGAGACGGCGAUGUCCGGGGGAGGAUUUUGCCAUGACAAGACUUUUUCUGGUGCUUACUUCCUUGAUACAGAAGCUUCACUUCCUGCCGCCGAGCAGCGGCGAGCUACCGUCCGCUGACCCGCGCCUCUACAACAACCAGUACCCUCUCUACCUUCCUGUCUUCACUUGCAAGGCUGUCCGGCGGCCGGUCAUGGACGCCCAGACAGAGAGCCAGUCAUGACCUCCGCCGACGUACUUGCCGACAAAACUAUCAUCGCACAUCCAAUGUUUUUGACACGUCGACAGAAACAUUCAUUAACUAUUCAUAAAAAUUCAUGAACAACUGGCUUUUGCUUGUUGGAUUAUUUAUUUAUAUUUAUUGACACUUUCAGUGUUGACAUUGUACAAAAUAAUACAUGGCUAAAUCUUGCAGACAUUUCGCUUUCCUUCUACCUGCAAGCUUUAAAAGCAUGUAAUAAAAGGGAUAAUUGGAAAAGUUAAGGAACAGUCCGAGAGGAGCAUAUGUGAGUACGUGAAAAUAGAAUGUACGGUUUGCUUCUCGGGUGUUUUCUGCCUCCAAGGACCACACAACCGCAACACAAUUACGCAUGUAGAAUAUCUGCAAUAAAUGUUGGAAAACAUA